AUGUUAACACUCUUUAAUGCUAAGUAUUUAACAGAGGAAAAUUCUUUAUUACAUAUGACAGAUGAAGAACGUGAACGAAUGAAACUUUUUGAAUUUGAACGUGGUUUAGCAUUUGAUAAAUUUUAUCGAUUUGGUAGAACUGCUGAACCAUCCAUUGUACUUGAUGAUUUUCUUUUUUUGGGAAAUUUUCAACAUGCAACAAAUCAAAAUUUACUUGAAGAAUUUAAUAUUAAACAUAUAAUAAAUGUAUGUGACUUAUCAUUAGGACAAACAAUUCUUAAUAAUUUCAAUGUUGUUCAUAUUCCAAUGCCUGAUGAACCUCGUACAAAUAUAAAACAACAUUUUGAUCGAACAAAUGAAUUAUUACAUGGAUUUUAUGAAAAGAAAGAACGAUGUUUAGUACAUUGUGCUGCUGGCGUAUCUCGUUCAGCAACCAUUGUUCUUGCUUAUUUAAUGAAAUAUCAUCAUAAUACAUUAAAAGAAGCAUUUUAUUAUCUUAUUGAAAAACGUCCACAAAUAUGGCCAAAUGAAGGAUUUUUAUUGCAAUUAAUGCGUUAUGAAACAGAAUUAAUUCGAUCACGUGAAAUAACGAAUAAUAAAGAUGCAUCAAUUGAAAAUAUUCAAAUGAAAGAGAAUCCAAUUGAAACAUUGAAUGAAUUUGAACAUAAACAUGAAAAAGAUGAAUAA